CUCUCUCAUUCGCUCUCUCUCUCUCUUAUCAGGCCAAAAAAUAUCUAACACCACAAAGCAAUAAAGAAUCCUUCUCUCUCUCUCUCCUUCUCUCUCUCUUUCUCUAGAGAGGCAGCAAGAAGCUACAAAGAUCAAAGCUUAAGCUUUCCUCCCCGAAAAAAAUAUUCCCCUUUUUCGAAAUCCAUAACUUCAUCCUUUAGUCAGCCAACAAAAUCAAUCAAAGGAGGCAACGAUUAUUUUAUUUUAUUUUGCCGAAGACUCCUUGCUAAACCCUAGCUUUUUACCAGAGAGAGAAUUCAAGAACCAAAAACAAAAGAAAAAAAAAUGAGCAGCCUUGAGGAAUCCCUGAGAUCUCUGUCGUUGGAUUUUCUAAACCUUUUAAUCAACGGUCAAGCUUUCUCUGACGUGACUUUCAGCGUCGAAGGUCGUCUAGUCCACGCUCACCGUUGCAUCCUCGCCGCUCGCAGCCUCUUCUUCCGCAAAUUCUUCUGUGGGACCGACCCACCACAGUCCGGCACAGGCAUAGACCCGACCCGACAUGGAUCAGUACCCCCUAGCCCAACAAGAGGCUCCCCGGCCCCAGCUGGAGUCAUACCAGUGAACUCAGUCGGUUACGAGGUGUUUCUGUUGCUGCUCCAGUUUCUUUAUAGCGGACAAGUCUCAAUCGUGCCGCAGAAACACGAGCCGAGACCGAAUUGUGGCGAGAGAGGAUGUUGGCACACGCAUUGCUCAGCCGCCGUCGAUCUUGCCCUCGAUACUCUUGCCGCCUCUCGUUACUUCGGCGUCGAGCAGCUCGCAUUGCUCACUCAGAAACAAUUGGCAAGUAUGGUGGAGAAAGCCUCAAUUGAAGAUGUGAUGAAAGUGUUAAUAGCAUCAAGAAAACAAGACAUGCACCAAUUGUGGACCACUUGCUCUCACUUAGUCGCCAAAUCAGGUCUCCCACCGGAGAUUCUAGCGAAACAUCUCACCAUAGAUGUCGUGUCCAAAAUCGAAGAGCUUCGUCUCAAAUCUUCCAUGGCUCGCCGUUCUCUGAUGCCACAUCAUCACCACCAUGAUCUCACCGUGGCUCAAGACCUCGAAGAUCAAAAGAUUCGAAGGAUGAGACGAGCUUUGGAUUCAUCAGAUGUGGAGUUGGUCAAGCUGAUGGUUAUGGGAGAAGGACUCAAUCUUGAUGAGUCACUAGCAUUGCAUUACGCUGUUGAAAGCUGUAGUAGAGAAGUUGUGAAGGCUUUGCUUGAACUUGGAGCAGCCGAUGUGAACUACCCUGCCGGACCCGCGGGGAAGACACCGUUACACAUCGCGGCAGAGAUGGUCUCUCCCGACAUGGUGGCUGUCCUGUUAGACCAUCACGCCGAUCCAAAUGUACGGACGGUCGGUGGAAUCACCCCUCUUGAUAUCCUCAGAACGUUAACUUCCGAUUUCUUGUUCAAGGGGGCAGUUCCUGGAUUGACUCACAUUGAACCUAAUAAGCUCAGGCUUUGCCUUGAGCUUGUUCAGUCAGCCGCAAUGGUGAUCUCUCGAGAAGAAGGAAACAAUAGCAACAAUAACAAUACUGAGCACAACAACGCAAUGUACCCUCAGAUGAAUGAUGAGCACAACAGUGGAAGUAGCGGAGGAAGCAAUAACAAUCUAGAUUCAAGAUUGGUGUAUCUGAAUCUUGGAGCGGGUACGGGUCAGAUGGGUCCGGGUAGGGAUCAAGGAGAUGAUCAUAACAGUCAGAGGGAAGGUAUGAGUCGGCAUCAUCAUCAUCAUGACCCAUCUACUAUGUAUCAUCAACAUCAUCAACAUCACUUCUAGUUCUCUCUAUUGGUCUCUAUAUCUUGACCAUUAAGACUUAAAAUAUAUAUAUAUAUAUAUAUUUAUUAAUUUAGUUCUUAUAUCUUCUAUAUAUGUUUUUGUAUAUGGAAAUGAGGACAUUAUAAGGAGAUCAGUACGAAGAAGAGGGCCGUAGGAAUUUAAGAUGAUGCGUUAUAUAAUUAAAAGACUUAGUAGGUUUAUUUAAUCUAGUUCUCUAGAGUUGUAUUGAUUGGUCAUUUGAUUAUUUUUGUCAUUAAUUAAUUCCUUAUCUUUUAC